UUCGUCCUCCUGAAUUUGUUUCCAUUUUGACUGUGAUGGAAACCAAACGCUGCUUUGCAAAUCGCUUUGAUGAUUACAAAGGUGCUCUGUUGGUUGGCCACUCGAGGGAAGCCCUUGUUCCAUUGAUCGUUGCCAAGAUAGAAAAGAUCCUGAAGAAGGUACCUAUUGCCACGGAGACAAGUGAUUGCUGUGACGGGGGUCUUUAUGAUGGACCGGCGGGGGUUGCCUAUAUGCUGUACUAUGUUUCGGAAUGUCCCUGGUUCAUCUCUUACAAAGAAAGCUACUUGAAGCUGGCUAAACAGAUAAUUGACGUGUAUGUCAGGUACGUGGACAAUGAGUCCGAUGUCAACAUGCGAACAGCCUUUCUUCUGGGAGGAGCAGGCAUAUACGCGGUGGCAGCAAUGAUCUACAAGGCCAUGGGGCUAGCCGACUUCGUGAAGCCCCUCACCAAAUUUAGGAACCUAUGGGAGGUGUGCGCGCCUAUCACUUUUUUGGAGUGCGGUUCAGAUGAGCUGUUUGUAGGACGGGCUGGCUACUUGUGCGCCGCUCUCGUGCUAAAGCAGAAACUGGGCAUAGAGGUUUUAAGUCCUGAUCAGAUCAAAGCUAUCUGUCAGGCAAUUAUUGAAAGUGGAAUGCAAUAUGCAAAGAAGAAAAGAAAGCCUUUUCCCCUCAUGUAUUCCUACUAUGGCACUGAAUACCUGGGUGCAGCUCAUGGACUUUCCUCCAUUCUUCAGAUGUUGUUGUCUUACAAUGAAUACCUCCCAGCUGUUGACCGUGAACUAGUUUGGCAGAGUGUGGACUUCCUCAUGAACCAAGAGCAGAACUGUAACUGGCCCGCAGAACUGGGAGAGAUAAUCCAGAGGGAAAAUGAGUUGGUUCACUGGUGUCAUGGAGCACCAGGUAUUACUUACCUUUUUGCCAAAGCCUACCUGAUCAACAAGAAACCCAGGUAUCUGGACACCUGUGUUCGUUGUGGGGAGCUUGCCUGGCAGAAAGGACUGCUGAAGAAAGGUCCUGGUAUUUGCCAUGGAGUGGCUGGAAGUGGCUAUGUUUUUCUACUCUUGUAUAGAUUAACAGGAAAUACGAAAUACGUCUACAGGGCACAAAGGUUUGCAGAAUUCUUAUUUUCAAAUGAAUUCAAGACUGGAUCCAAUAAUGUCGAGAGCAUUUACAGUUUGUUUGAAGGUCUUUCAGGAACGGUGUGUUUCUUGGUGGAUCUUAUUCAGCCAGAGAAAGCUGAAUUUCCUCUCUUCAGUGUAUUUGUGUAACAAUGAAUCAUACGCUAUGUCCAGGAAAAAUUGAAUUAAUAACCUAGGGGCCGCUCUUUGCCUAAAUGGGUUACCUGCAUUAGUGUUUGGAAGCUGUCAAAAAAAUGGAUGUGCGAGACAUCAGAGGUAUUGUAAGAGUGUUAAAUUUUCAGCACUUGCGGCUUAAUAAAAUGUAUGUUGAUGUUUCUGUGCUUUUUCUAACACACAUGUAUUCUUUGAAAUUAGUGUAUUAUUUGUCAAGCUCUUUGUAUUAUCUGUAUUAACAAUUUACUUCAUACACCAUGUUUUAUGAAUAUGUUUAAGUGUAUUAUGCCUGUUUGCAAAAUUGGAUAUAGACCUGAUAUUUCAUAACACACUGUGGUUAUUAAAUGGUGCAGGCAGUUCAUUCAUACUUGGAGUUCCUUUAUCUUUUGACAAAUAAUGUUAUUAAACAAUAUUUAUGAGUAGUGUGGGAACAGCAGAUAUGAGGUAGUAAGUGGGUAUUUUUCAAAAUUUAAACAACUAUUAAACAAUGUUUUUUUAACUCUGUAUUCGUUUUGCCAAAUGUUAGCUAUUAGCUGUAUAGUAAUCCAUUCAACACCUAAGUAAUUAAAGAAACAAUGUGUAA